AUGACUGAGCAGCAGAUUAGAGACACAUUCUUUGCUCCGUUGGAUCAACCACCGCGACAAGAGCCUGAGUGGUGUACGCUCUCCGAAGGACGUCUAAUACAACUUGUGGGAAAAUACCAACCACAUGGUAUUAACAAACAUAUCAACCUGGAUCUCAUCAUGACGUAUAUGAAGCAUAUCUAUGCGAAAGAAGACGCUGUAAAUCUCUUUAUAAGAGAUUGUGAUAUUGAAGCUUAUGUAGCUCAACUGGAGCUUCCUGUCGAUGAACGUGAAGCUCGUUUCGAACCGGCGUACAUCAUUCGCCCUUCAAUAGAGCAGAUCAAGGAGAAAAUAAUCACGUAUUGGAAUAUACCUGCGCUGGAGUGCACAACACAACUGCCCACUCAGUUAACUGAGAAAUGUGAGUUCGAACUGCCCAGCAGUUACUUCGAUGAAAUACAGGACCUCGACAGUUACGAUGAGCAACGUGCGGAAACCAUGCACUGUCGAUAUUCGUCAAAUCAGCUGGAGAACUUAGAUGCUCCGCAAAGACAGAAAAAGCGCUCAACUGCAACCCGACGUGAAAACAAGGAGAGGGCAUGCUGUCGUCCUUCAACGAAACACAGGCGUUCAAAUAGCCGAAACCGUCAAUGUCAACAAUCGAAAGAAGAUUCGGGAAGUCGUGGUUCGUCGAAAAGCUCUGUCAGAAGUAAGACUAGCGAUCUGAAGGUCCUCCCCGGGAAGAAGUCACCUUGCAAAAAGAGUCUCGACAGUUCCGACUCCACUGCAAGUCCUACAAAGACCGUGGCCGAUCGCCAUCGCCAUCAAAGCGGAAGUCAUCAUUCCUUGAAAAACGCCAGCUCUUGCGAUCCGAAAAGUCGCCGCACAGCUUCUGAAUCGACUAAGCAGCCUCCAAUCAAAAAUGAUGGCACUCCACGUCGUCCUUCAGUUCGUUCCAGCCGUCCCCCUACAGCUGAAAUCAAAUCGAAACCCAUCACAGAAUUCUUUGAAAAAAUGAAGAAAAGCGACGUUACGCGCGCUGGUGAUGGCGCUGUUCAUCAGUCAACGCCGAAGAAACGUGGUGACAACCUUUAG